UUGCGUUUCUACAUUACGAUCGAGCGGUUCGUUUAGCAAAAGUUUAGCGGCCAAGAUUUUGUUGGUUUGCGGUUGCGGCUACCGCGCCAGGGACUGCGUUUGGGGGCUUGGGAUUCCUAUGUGUGUGUUGUUUUGGAAUCUGAAGUGAGGCUGAUGCUGAGGUUGAGUUUGAGUUUGAGGCGGCGUCUCUAAAUUGAAGCCACUUAAUGUGAAUUAGACGGCGGAGGCAUUGACAAAUCCCUAUCUCCGACGUGUUGUAAAUCGGGGAAAAUCGCUGCUCGACAGUGCCUGCCUCCAGGUCGCACUCAGUUACCUACAACAAUAACAGAUACUCAAGAUGGGACAUCGACAUUCCCCAGUCCUCCUAGUGCUGCUCUGCUACAGCUGCUCCUGCGCCUACGCGCUGAGUCUGCCCAACAUCACAGCGUCAGAGGCUGCCGCUAUUGGCGGCCUAAUACUGCCCCCACUGGUAGUGGGCCCCAGCACCAGUGGCAGCAACAGCAGCCUGAUCGGCGGCGCUGGCGGCCUGGCAGUGGGCAUUCCUGCCGCAGCUGAAACGGGCGUAGGAGCCACCGGCUUGGGUGGCAACCAAGUGGGUGGCAGCAGCGGUGGCAGCAGCAGCGGCGGCCUCAGCGGCAGCGGCAACAACUCCGCCAUGGUGCAGGCGCCCAAGGAGAAGCUGUACGAAAAGUGUACGGGUCCUGGUGAUCCGGGGCCAUGCAAGCAGUACAUCUACAAGUGGCGCUACGAGCCGACAACCAACGAGUGCACCAACUUCAUUUGGGGCGGCUGCGAUGGCAAUCCCCAGAAUCGUUUCAGCACCGAAGCAGAGUGUCUGUUUCACUGCAUUGGUGGACCGCACACAUUGCCACCUUUUCUGCAGUCAACCACUCGAGAGCCCAGCACCACGGAGAAUUCGCAGCUCAUUGGCUCAGUGUACACCCAGAGUCCGGCACAGGCGGCGCUGGAUGAGGAUGGCAGAACGGGCGAUGGCACCACCCCUGUGCCCAUUGAGCAGCGCGGCCCUGAGCUGACGUUUGCCGAGACAGGCCAAGGCAAAACUUUCGUUUUUGCCAAGAACAACACGUUCAUCCAAAUGGACGGCGACAUCAUACAGACAUUUCAAUUAAGACUUUGCCGUGAGAUUUCAUUUCAAUUCCGCACUCGACUGCCGCACGGCCUGCUCGUCUAUCACAACGUUAAGAAUCCGGAUCGCAUUAAUUUGGACCCCUAUGCACUCUAUGUGAUUGUGGAGAAGGGCCAACUGAAGGUGGUCCAUGUCUUUGGCAAGCAUUCAACGAGUGUCACUGUGGGCGAGAGUCUGAAUCGAGAUGAAUGGCACAGUGUGAUGGUGCGCAUCGAUGUACAUGGGGCAAGAUUAAUUGCACGCGUCGACAAUAGUCAGGAGGAGGUCUAUCUGAAAGGACUGAAUCACGAGUAUAACUAUGGCGUCUCCACGAAUCUGCCGUCGGUUGUGCUCGUUGGAGGCCUUUCGUCGGAGGAGAAACUGCACGGCGUAAAGUACAUUACGGAAUCCUUUGUGGGCUGCAUACGCAACGUGGUGCUGAGCUCUGGCAAGGCGGCCUCUGAUCUGCUACCCAUUGCCCCGCUGGUGGCCACCAAGCAUGAGAACGUCAACGAGGGAUGCUUCGAUAUGUGCGACUCUCGCCACAAUUUGUGCUUUGUUGGCUCCCGUUGCAUCAACCACUAUGGUGGCAUCUCCUGCGACUGCUUUGGCACCCACUACGAGGGCGAACACUGCGACAUCUAUACGGCCACCAUAAUCACGUUGCGUGGUGCCAGCUAUGUGUCCUAUCGUAUCUACGACUGGAAGGAUCGCGUGCACUCCUCCACGAUGCGCAUCAGCCUGAUGUUUCGCACGAACUUUGAUGAUUCGGCGUUGUUCUAUGCCAGCGGUGAGUCACUGAAGCAUCAGUAUAUAGCGGCGGCCAUCAAAAACCAAUCGAUCCAUGUGGAAAUGGACUUUGGUGACCAUGUAAUGGCCACUGUGCUCACGGAUGAUCUGACGCGUGGCUACUGGCACAAUCUCACCAUACUCCAUGAGCAGCGCACGGUGAGCAUUAUCCUCGAUCAGCAGCAGAAGGUGCUCGAGCUGCCGGCCACGACGAGUGGCAAUUUGCUUUUCGAUCCGGAGAUUUACUUUGGCGGCGGCCCCGAGCUGCACAAGAAGAAGGGUUUGGCAUCGCACAACAAUUUUGUGGGCAGCAUGAAGUAUGUCUACUACAAUGACAUUUCCAUACUGUACGAGCUGCAGCGAGGCAAUCCCAAGAUGCAUUAUCAUGGUGUCCUGGAGGCAGAGUUUCUGGAGAACGAAGUGAAUGUCAUACCCAUAACAUAUCCCUUUGCGACGUCACACAUUUGGUGGCCCAUAAAUCACGCCGAAGAAUUUAAUAUUAAAUUCGAUUUCCGCAGCAGUCGGCCAGGCGCUGUGCUGGCCUACAGUGACGUAACGACCAGUGCCGGAAAUGGCUUCUGGGAGAUACGUCUCACAUCGGACAAACUAAGCUUCGAUCUGGUGCCCGAUGUGAACAACAAUGUGACCCAUUCGACGACCAUCAAAAUCAAUCGUGCCACCUCCUGGCACAGCGUCGAGGUGGACUAUAAGCUGGGCGAGAUCCGGUUCACGGUUGACUAUCGGCACACCCUCAGCCAGAUGUUCGGGCUGACCUUUAACAUUGGCGACAAACUCAUCAUUGGCAGCAGCUUGAAGUCAGCGGCCAUGGGCCUGGUGGGCUGCAUACGUGACAUUGAGAUCAAUGGCCAUCUGAUUGAGCCACGGCAUGUGGUCAAGACGGAGCGUGUGGUGGGCGAGGUGGCGCUGGAUAAUUGCAAUUACAUUGAUCCCUGCAAGCGGCCCAAUACCUGCGAGCAUGGUGGCAAGUGUUUCGUCAAGGACGAUCGCGUCACCUGCGACUGCAAGCACACGGGCUACAUCGGCAAGAACUGUCACUUUACGAAGUAUCGCAAGACCUGCGAGGAGCUGGCGCUGCUCGGCUUCACCAAAUCGGAUGUCUACCUCAUUGACAUCGAUGGCAAUGGGGUGUUUCCGCCGGCGCAUGUCAAGUGUGAUUUUCAGAGCCUGGAGAAUGCCACCAAGACAAUUGUCGAGCACAAUCUGCCCAGCCAGGUGGAUGUGCGGUCUGCCCGGGAGUCGGACUUUAGCUUUAACAUUCGCUACCGCGAAUUCUCGCCGCAUAUGCUGCAGGAGCUCAUCUCGCACUCGCUCUACUGCACGCAGUACAUCAAAUACGACUGCUACCGGGCCCAGCUGGAGCUUCAUUCGGCCACCUGGUUCACGUCCUCGGCCAAGAAUCUCACUGUGGAUUUCCUUGGCAAUGUGAAGAGAGGCGCCUGCCCUUGCUCGGUUAACAAGACGUGCGUGGAUCCGAAUCAAUCAUGCAACUGCGAUGUGAAGGAGAACAAAUGGAAUUCGGAUGAGGGCUACUAUCAGGAUCCGCCCAGUUUGGGCAUCACCAAUAUGUACUUCCUGCAGCAAAAGGAUCUGGACGAUGACUCCCAAGGGCGCAUCACGCUCGGACCACUGGAAUGUGUAGAGACAAAUACACAGAAAUACGUGGUCACCUUCACCACAUCGCAGUCGUAUAUCGAGGUGCCGGGCUGGCGCAAGGGCGACAUUGCCUUCUCGUUUCGCACCACCGGGGAGAAGGCCAUACUGCUGUUCCAGCCACCGAUACGUGCCCACUAUCCAUCGUUCAUGGUGGCCCUCACUGGCGAUGACCAGCUCACGUUCACCUUUACGCUGAGCACGGGCACGACGCGGGAGUUGGUCAUUAACUCGCACCGCCGGCUGAAUGGCGGCGAAUGGCAUAAAAUAUGGAUCGACUACAACCAGUAUCAUGUGCGCUUCAUGAUAAACACCGAUUACCAGAUGCUCGAUUUGCUGCCCGAGGAGGAGUUUGGUCCAUUCGAGGGCAGCAUGUACAUUGGCGGCGCCACAUUCGACCUGCUCAAGAAGCUGUCCGUUAAGGCUGGCCUUAUUGGCUGCUUCCGUGGCUUGGUGGUCAAUGGUGAGAUACUCGACAUCUACAGCUACAUGUCAGUGCACCUGUCGGAGAUUAUUAAGGACUGCAAGCCAUCCUGUGUGCCAUCGCCCUGUCGCAACGGUGCCCAGUGCAAGGAGCUGUGGAGCAGCUUCAAGUGUGUUUGCAACAAUCCCUGGGCACACAUCGGCGAGUUCUGUGAGACAAACAUCAACGAGAAGGCGCUGACCUUCAUCAACAGGGAGUCCUUUUUAAUGCGCAACUAUCUGAGUGUGGGCGCCACACCGGCCAUCCUGAUGCACGGCCUGGAGGGUGAACGGGAUGUACUCAAGGGCAUCCUGCAUCAGAAUUUGCUCAUCAAUCUACGCACCUACGAUUCCAAUGCGCUGGUUGUCUAUGCCAACGAUCAUUACAACAAUUUUGUGCAUUUGUACAUCAGUCAGUACCGGGAGAUUGUUUUCCUGUACAACUACGGCGAUGAGAUUGUGAAUCUGACACUGCUCGACGAUACGCUGAUGGCCUCGAAGAGCCUGAAGAGCAUCCAGGUGGCCAUCAUACGCGGCGAGCAGGAGACACGCAUGCAUGUGAAUCAGCGGAGUGUGAGCAUCGAUCGUGGCACGCUGCUGCUGGAUGAAUAUGCCAACAAGCCCUGGAGCAACCCGGAAAAGGAGGUUCUGUCGCCGCAUCGCCCGCCCGCACCGCCCACCGAAUACUUUCAAUUCCAUGUCGGCGGCUACGAUCCAGCGAAUUUGCUGCGACCCACCAAUGUGGAUGCACCGCCACUGGAGGGUUACAUUGGCUGUGUGCGAGGACUGAAAAUUGGUACGCAGUUGAUCGACUUGGCGGAAAUCAAUGAAAGGAAUAUAGCGCCCAUCCAGGAAGGUGUUCUGCCCAAUUGCCAAAUCAAAUGCGACGCGGAACCGUGCAAGAAUGGCGGCAUUUGCCAGGAACACUUUGCCGAGCAGCUCUCCACGUGCGACUGUGAGCACACCAGCUUUCUGGGCGAAUUCUGUUCGGAGGAGAAGGGCGCCGACUUCAGUGGCGAGUCCACGCUGCAGCGCAAGUUCGAGCUGCCCGCCUCGGGCCGCGUUAACUAUGUGCGCCUGCAGCUGGCCUUCUCGUCGUUCGACCUGAGGCGUGCCAAUCGCAUUAUGCUGCUGCUGCAGACGGCAGCGGAGCGCAGCUACUACCUUUUGCUGGCCAUCACCUCGGACGGGUACCUGCAGCUGGAGGAGGAUCGCGAACAGGGCCAAACGGUGGGCGCUCGCAUCGAUCGGAGUUUCCUGAACAGCGCCCGCCACUCGGUCUACUACGUGCGCAACAGCACUCAGGCGCAGCUCUACAUCGAUCGCGAGCAGGUGCCCCUCACGGAGUUUGCCGCUCGAGUGCUGACGACCAGCGGCGAGGAGGGUGCGAAUCGCGUACAGAUCGGCGGCAUCAACAGCACGGACUCGCGGUUUGCCGUCUUCAAGAGCUACAGCGGCUGCCUGUCGAACAUCUAUAUACAGGUGAACGGGCAUGUUAUGAAGCCACUCGAGGAGUAUAUGCUGUUCACAAAGUCGGGUGCGGACAACAUAACCGUCAUCAAUCCGCAGGGCGUACGCAGUGCCCAGUGCAAUGCCAAAUUCGAUGUGAGCGAACAGCCCACCCAGGAGCCGAUGGUCAAUGUGAGCAUGAUACCUGAGCCUUGGGUGGAGGAGCCACCGCAGCGAGUGCCCUACAUAGCCAGAUUCGUGUACGAUGAGAGCAAGAAGGAGGACUCCACGCAGGUCGUAUUCCUCACGUUGACCAGCGUGUUUGUCAUCAUUGUUGUGUGCUGCCUGCUCGAGGUGUAUCGCAGCCAUUUGGCCUACAAGAAGCGCAUCGAACGCGAGACAGACGAGGAUAUUAUUUGGUCAAAGGAGCAGGCAACCAAAAUGCACGAGUCGCCAGGUGUUAAGGCUGGCCUGCUGGGCGGCGUUACAGCCGGUUCGGGCAACGGCCUGCCGCCCUAUACCUACAAGGCGCUGCCGCAAGAGGACAAGAAGCCCGGCAAUGGCGCCCCCUUGGUGGGCAUCUUGAAGAAUGGCAGUGCGACGGCCUCGCAGCCUGACGCAGCCAGCAAAAAUGGAGACAUUGCCACGCGCGUCAUCGAUGAGGUGCGUGAGGAGGAAGAGGAGGAUGAAGAGGACGCCUCCUCCGCGCUCUCGAAAGAGGAGACACAAAAGGAUGCGGCUGAAGCAACUUCCACAGCGGAGCCAACGCCAGAGGACACUGCGGCUGCUGUCUCGGGGCCAACUGAGUCCGUGGCCGAGUCGCCGGCAGUGCCGCCGCCUGCUGCUGCUGCCACACCGAAUGGCCGGCUGGAGGCAGAGGUGGAGGUGGAGGUGGUCGUCGUCCCACCAUUACCGCCGCCCACCCGCAUUUGUAUGUGUCCCAACCCCAACCCCAACACGCCGCACCCCCACCUGACCAUUUUCAUGCCCAAUCUCUCGCAGUCAGCGCAGGCGGAGCAACAUGAUGAAGAGCAGCAUCAACAGCAGCAACAUGAAGACCCGCAAGAAGAGCAUCUACAUAAAGAGGAGCAACAGCAGAAGCCGCCGCAACGAGCAAAAUCCCGCCACAAAGCACCCGAUGACACAGGGCAUCCCUUUGAUGUCGAUGCCACAAAUGCCAAUGCGACAACACAGUCCACAGGGCGGUCCACAAUGCCCCCAGCUAUGGCAACAGCAACAGCACCCGUACCAGUCCUACCCCCACCACCACCACCACCGUCACGACAUCGCACGAAAGCGCUGCCGCUGCUCUAUCUGGUGGGUGGGGCGCUGCAGCAGCGGCAGUUCGCGAAUCCAAUUAGUUACUUGGGUGGACCGCGACUGCAGCCGCGCAGUAAUCGCAACAGCAUCGAGUCGAUAUUAUCGCUGGAUUAGCUCUGCUGGGACUCGAGCUAAUCGCACACACCUCCAACAGCAAGGCCUUUUACUUACGUAUCACCUCUAGUCUAGUGCUAGUUAGUGCUCUAGUUAGUUAGUUUAUCAAUUUUAUAGUUAGCGAAUGUUGAACAAAUUGUUGCUAUAAAUUAAAGGAAUUGUUAUUGAUAA